AUGACGAACGUAGAUCACCUCCCAGUGAAGCCACAUCCCCUGGGAUGGCAGUUCAUGAAAGAGUUCUGGUGGCAAUUUAUCUUCAUUGGCGUAUUAUUGUUAACGGUCACCAUCGGUACAUGCUCUAUUGUAUUUUCUGGCGUCAGAAGGCUCAUCAAAUACUACAAGUCGAGACCCUUACCGGACAUUGUACCUUCGAAUGUCUCCAAACGUCUCGAAAAGCUAGCCAACCGAGAACUCGACUUAAUCAACACUCGCCCGCACCAGGGAAAGCCCACAAGCUUCGGAGUUUACUUGGGAAGCUUCGAGAACCCACCUACUGCCUCGCAAGAGAGACUUCUACAAGAAUGGGAUGUCUUGGUUGUCGAUCCCUUCCAGUCAGGAGUUGCCAGAGCUAUUUCCAGGCACGAGCGCAGCCAAGUUUUGGGUCGGAUUGAUUUCGGCAAGAUCCUCUCUCCCAAGGCAUCGCCCUUAACUGUCAUCGAAAAGGUCGAGGAAGUUCUCGCGAGCAGUUUCAACGAUACUGCGUUUUCCGGUGUUCUUCUCGCAAAUUGGGAAGAUGUACUCCGUCCCACCGCUCGGAGAAUACUGUUCGAAACCAUCGCCAGUCUCGGGUUAGCGGUCUAUCUCGAGUCGGAGCCACCACACUUCUUGAAGGAUCGAAAGGCUGUGCAAACCGAUGCCGUUGCAGGCUUAAUCAUUCGAAAUGCUAGUAUCUUGUCUUCCGGGGAGAAGCGGGAUUACUUCCAAAUGAUCGAACUACAAGCAACAAUCAAGGCAUUCGUUUCCGAGUCUUGCAUGAGAGACUUUGUGGUAAUGGCGUGGGAAACCGUCGACGAUAAUGUCACCGUUUCCAAUGCCAUUGUCCGCAGAUCUAUCCAAUGGUGCGGUUUUUACAGUGCGAUUACCUGGAUCGGAUCCGAAGCAGCUCUCCACGAUGCGGACUUGAAUGUAACGACUCUUGAGCCCCUCCCGGCUUUUGGUUGGUUGAAGGAAGCAGAGAUAAUGAAGGCACAUGAUAUUUGGCGUGCAAAUUUGAACGUCCUGCCUACCCCAAGUAACAAGAAGGGCUGGGAUAUUCUCAAGCCUCAGUUCCCUGCUGUUGAAUCGUUACUCGAUUCAAUGGAAUACUACUCCAAAGGUCCGGAAAGCCCGACUGGUCGACUGCGUGAUCCUCCAGAAUGGGUUGCACAGGUCAAAUCACAGGGCAGCCCUCUCUCUAUCUCUAUGUCAGGGAUGGCCUAUAACUCUCUUGGUUGUUUCCCACUCGGUUCAGAUGCGACCCCUUUGGCCUUUGCAGAAAUUCUUCAAUCGCAGCAACGGCUCAAGUCUCUCAACCUUCUUCACCCUGUCCCGGUGACCAAGAUCCAGAGCAUUGGACACCUUCUGCGUCAAUUCCACGACUCCCUGGAUCUCUUUGAGGACGACCAUCAAUUGGCUGGAUCUAUAAAAGAACUAGCCAACUGGGCAUCCAACGAUCAGUUGCAUGUAAAUCUGGCACUCGAUUCUGGUCUGCGCAAGAGCCCCGAUUGCCGCUUCUGGGCCGUUUUCGACCUGGAUAGUGAAAGUAUUGAGAUUUUCGUAUCCAAAAAUGCGCAAGGUCUCGCUGGUACUAUUCUUCACACUUUUCUCUCGGCAAAGGGAUUUCCUCGCCAUGUUUGCUUCGAUGCAGAGGCAACUUUUGCGGCAUGGUCGAAGGAUACUUCCCUCGAUACCGGCCUUCCCCGUCGACUGAUUCAAGAUAUUGAUGUUCUCAGUCCUGAAGAGCGUCUUCUUCUCCUGCAACAUUUGUCUCUGACUGAUGUCCACAGCGAGCUGUCUGCCGCUGUCUGCGCAUAUAUCCGCAAGCAACUGGUAGAUGCUCCUUCUUUUGCUCAGCUGAAGGCGCUAAAUACGGUCGGGUAUCUUGAAAGCUCGACAUCUGCCGAAGAUCUCAUCAGGUCUCGCAUCAACUGGUACCUAGACCAAGGAUGUACCUACCCCUCUCUCAACGUCUGUCUCGAUCUCUUCCAUCAAGUCGACAGCGUUCUCUCUGAUGUCUUGAGAUAUCGCCGUGAGGAUGAACUCGCUGCCAUUACCAGUGGUCUUUGCGCACUUCUUCAAGGUGGCUCCGUUGACGCGUAUGUGGACAUGAUGGCUCUUGCCUUGUUCUGUGCCGCAAGAAAGGGUGCUUUUGAUGAGAUCUACGGUGAGGUUACUGAUCGAAACCCCCUGUUUAACAACCAUUCCGAUCAAGCCGCCGCCUUCGCAGAGUCUUUCGCUCUUGGAUCGCGAUGUGAGGCAUAUUUCGAUGUAUCGCCUAGUGUUUUUGGAAAGCUGCUGUCCGACCGGUUCAGGGCCUACUACGGAGACCAUCAGCCACCGAACUGGGUGAACGGUGCUCCAGAACUCGCCACUUCCUAUGCUGGAGCGCAGAUUGAUGUCAAUCCCGAUGACAAAACCAAGGUUAUGCCUGGAUACCAGCGAUUCACUUUCUUGAGUGUCUUCGCCAUUCCGGCUUUGAUUGAUAUUAUUCUGCUUACCAUGAUUGGUCGCGGACUCUAUCUCUCUGCUGCCAUGACUUACGAGGAACAAGACAGUGCUACUAUGGCGCUGAUGAUCUCUCUCCUGCUUUCUGGUGCAAUUGGUACCUGGAUCGCAUGUGGUGGCCCCUACUAUCUCAUUUCUAUGGCCUUCGCAGCAGCAAACAUGUUUGUCCUCAUUCGUCUGAUUGCCGGUAUUGCCUUUACCGUGGCCGGAGGUUUGAUCGGUUUUGUUUGCCUUUCCGCCGUUCGAGGCCCUCGCGCUGGUAUAAUCUUCUAUCUCUACCUGAUCGCCCUGACAAUCUACUUCUCAACAUUUGCCUCGCUUGCAAGCUUCAGCUACCCAGGAUCGACAUUUUUGUCCGGUCGGAAACCAAUCAUCAUGUGCAUUCCGAUCCUGUUCUUGUCGCCGAUCAUCACUGCCUGGACUGGCCACGACUCAGCUGUCUAUCUUGCCGUCAUCUAUAUCUUCAUUGGGGUGCUUUUGCUCUGCCUUCGUUCAGUCACUUCCAAAUGGGUCACAUGGUACCAGUCCGUGCGACGUACUGAUGAUACUGAGAUCCGCAAGUGGUAUAUCGCUGCAUAUGGACAUAAUGAUGAGAAGGUGUUCGCAAACCUGAGCGACCCGGCUGCCCUCAAGGUGGCCAGAGAAGCCCUGUCAAAGGAUGUAUUGGCUGAGACGAAGCGCGGCAUCUUCUCGAAAGCAUCCAAAGAUCAGAUGGUCGUCGAACUUGCUCGGGAUUGGGAAUCUACCAACUUCCUUCUUGACUGGUACUGUCGCCAUGCAGAUGUGCCGAGACCAAUCCCGUUCAGUUCUGGCUGGAACAUCCAGACCAAGGUUGCACUUGACGUUUUGCGCAACUCCCAGAAAGGUCUUCGUCUGCACAAUGCCUUUGUACACUGGCGUCAAUCGAGCAAGGAAAUUGGAUGUGGCGUUCUCUACUUUGUGAUUGCUCUUCUCGACAAAUGGGCUCAGUUGCUGAGUGGCAAUCGCAUCCUCAGUCUCGGAGGCGCGUUGGAUGACGCCAAUCGAAUGGCUGUUGGCUUUGCCCUUGCAUACUAUUUGAUUGGUGCGGUACUCAUUGAUACCAAAGCCGUAGAGCUCCAUGACGCCCUUGGUAGCAAUGCCCCCAUCUCUGUCAGAUCAGCCAAGGAGAUUCGGAUUGCCCAGAAGAAAGAAGUGCAGCUUCGGCGAAAGGUUUACUGGCGAGUUCUUUUGAGAUUCCUCCUGUGGCACGUCUGGAGUCUUGCACUUUCCACCGCUCUCAUCUGGAGUUUCCAAGAUUCGCUUGAAGGCAUGAUUGUCUUCUUCUCCUACGUUCUCGCCUACACUGGCUUGAUCUGGUAUCAAUACACGAAGAUCUUCACGGGCCCCCAUGCACUGAAACCUCUCCUCAUUGGUAUCUGCAUUGGAUUGCCAGUAGGUAUCGCGCUCAAGGUCUGUCUGCCUGACUUCGCGUACUCGCAGAUUAUUGGACUUGGAUCUGCGACCUGGACUGUCGCCAUCCUCGCGCUCCGAAAUGCCAAAAUGGGUAUGCCCAACAAAGUCGACUCUCCUGUGGAACUUGGCCGGACCUUCCAUGCGUUCACCACACCCUGGGAUGACCCUGAAUGGUCUCAGCAGGAGCUUCAGACUUUCUUUGAAGGUUACGCGAUGCUUCCUUCAGACUCCCGAUUCAGACUCAACCCUGGGGUUCAUCCCGGUGUCGAAAUCAAGACUGCUAUGUUAUCCCGCAGAGAAGAACUUAGAAUUGAAGAGGCAUUCCCUGCCUCUAAGAAAAUUGUCGACACUGCCAUCUCCUCUUGGGAGAAGGGGAACAUUAUCAUUGAGCUUGUUUCCCCUGGCUCUCUCGGUCCCGGUAUCCGUGCUCUCAGUUGUAGUACUGGAAACCAGUUGAAGCUAGCCAUCACCGUUGGAGGUCUUCUGGAUGAACGUCUCGACAUCAGUGAAAACUGUCACAUCAUUGCUGAAACAUUGCUUCAUGCUGUCACAGAACUUGUGAUUGGUGUUCCCCACGAAUAUGCGUCAUUGGCAGGAUCAAUUGUUUCUGGUGGAGUAACUAACACAAUGGCUCGACAGCUCCGAGAGGAGGCCAACACAACUACAGUCGUGCGUUGGGCUAAGAAGGAACUACUUCGACAGCUUUGCCUUGGCUUUGAGGCCGAUAUUCAUUGGGACAAGCUGCCCACCGAAGUUCGCGAUGUGCUACUGAAGCGUUGCCUGGGUCAACAAUGCAGCCUCUCCGAUAGCCAACGCCAAUGGCUCCAGAAGAGUCUUUGCAAGUUUGACACUGAUAACCUUGAUAUUCAUGUUGCACGUUGCAAUCUUGGAGCAGCCACUGCUAUCAGCGUUCUCGAUUACGCUCACUGGGGAACUGGAGAAGCCGCUCUUCCUAAAGAGCCUGAGACUUCCAAGUACAUCUCCUACCUCCCCCGGAAGCUUCCACUUGCAUUGUCGAUGGUGCAGUCACCACUCAGCUACAUCUACCACAAGCUGGGAACAAUGGUUAAGUUCUUUGUGGUAGCUUUGGUCGCAGAUCCAGAAUUCCAGAGAGAGUUCAACCAUGUCACUCAGGACCUUCCGACUAUUAUCCGCGUGCCAGUCGUCUUCUUCUUGAACAUGGUCUGGGUUUAUUCUAAAAUCGUUCAAGAUUUGGGCUUGUCCUUCUUCCUGUUCCAUGGCCGCAAGAAUGUUAAGCGAUUGUGGGAAGAGACUAAAGGCAUGACAAUCCAUAUCAAGAAGAGCCGGGUUAUUGUCCAGAGUCUAGAAGGCACCUUCACAGCUUUCAGACACCACGAAAUCGAUGGUGGCUUCAAGAUCUACCACUACGCUGGUGAACACAAGACCGAGCCCAGGGAGGUCAAAUCCUUGAAAUACGUCAGCACCUAUUCAAGUGAGAUGUUGCUUCUGGUCAAGCAGGAGUUCAAGGAUGGCAAGGUUAGCAACGAAUACCACUACGACUACCGAUCCCCGGUGAAGAAAGGCUUCAAACUCAGCAAAUCCUCGUCUCGUAUUCCUCUCGGAAGACGUUGCGUGUCAGGAGCAAACCAUCUUCAAAGCGUUCAAUACAAUCGCAAAGGUCUCAUCGAGUCGGGCUCAUAUAUGAAAGAUGGCAAUCUUAUCCGCUUCAAGUACCAUUAUCGCAAGAACCCCCGUUUCGGUGAUGAAUUGCUGCGAGCCGAGUUCGUCUUAUCCCACAUCAGCUGUACCGUGUCUUGGUGUGCGCCUCCACGUCGCCACCCUGAGAAGGUUGAACGCUGGAUUCCUCAUUCCAAGGUUACCGAGGCCAGCUUUGUUCAGGGCGCCGACGUCUAUGAAAGUCGAUGGUUGUAUGAUCACAAGUUCCAUCCCACUAUCUUCACCACUAUCAACGGGCAGAAGGUCCAGACUCCGCCUAUGAUUGAGCACGAUUUUCUAGGCGUCCUGUCCAAGCCGAAAUACACCAGUUUUGUGCAUGAUAACCCCUUCUGCUAUUGUGACAGUCUCCAGUCAAAUCUUCUUACACGGACGCUGGGACUCACGAAGAAGCGCUUCGUGGUGUCCACUUCUCGGGCUCGCUCCUUGAUGUGGAAGGCCUGGAAGGAUCGUGUUGACUUUGAUGCCAUCAUUGUUCGCUGGAUGGAUGACCGUAUUCUGCGCAGAGACAGGGUUCUUACACCUUACUGGCGCAGCCGUGAUUGGGGCAACCUUGUAUCUGCAAAGAAGUAUAUGGAUCUUCGCGCCGAUGCUAUCAUGGCCAGUGCCGAUCUGGACGACAACAUUUCCAGCUGGACUCCACUCGCUGUUAAGAUCACUGAUCUGCUCAACUUCGGCCCUGGAGGUGAUGCUGUUGUGAACACCCGCUCUAAGAACUUUGGCACCGAUACUGACAAGACCCUCCACGUCAUGGCCGCGGACAACGGUACCUGGCCCAACGAAGGUGGUGGUGUCUCUGCCUGUCGACGAGACAUGAUCAACUCCCUGCGAACUAUCAAGUGGCACAUGAUUUGCGAGUCUGCAAACGAUUUCGGUGUUCCCAAGCACCAAACCGAGCAGAACAUCCAGUCUCUCAAGCUCAUCCCACUCUGGGGUAUGGACUUCCUCACUCCGACCCACGGGUUGUUCCACAACAAACUAGAUGCCGAGGUCGAUAACGUUACGUCUGCUAGCGAGUUCGACAUCAAGAUGAACUUCAUUCCGAUUCUGACAGCUUUGGUCAAGGGCGCCCGUGCAGUCCAUCUCUCGAAGGCUGAUAUCCACCAGGCUACUCGAGCACUUGUAAAUCUGAAUACAUACUUCCAGGAGUCUCGUCAUUGGACGCAGGUGUGGAACACUGAUAUGGUGAAGCAGAGUUGGCGCGAGCUGUGGCUGACUCAAGAAAUGCCAAACACUAUCCCGUCAUCGGACUGGUUCGACACUGAGCUUCCUACCUUGGCAUCACUUGAUGUCGCCAUGGAGCUCUGGUACCGCUAUCUCUUCAUCUUCUCGAUCCCAGUUCCCGAGAAGAUCCCCUCGACUUUCCAAGCCUCGCACCACAGUGUUAGUGCUUCUUAUGGCGUUGUGUGCAAGAUCAAGCGCAACUGUACCUUGCAGAUUUGGGACCACGCCAUCGCUUGGCGUGAGACCAAUCUGUGCCUGUCAUCUGCACUUUGCAAGCUCUCGCCAUUUGUUCGGAACGCGCUUCUUGGAUUGAUGCGAAUCACCUCAGUCUUGACUCUGCAUCAUGCCGAUAUCAUCCUUCCCUGUGCAGAUUUCUUCAACCCGGGCUGGGAAGUUGAGAUCGGUACCUGCCAAGGCACAAUUGAGCACCGAAACACAUUCCGCCGAAAGAUUGAUCCUGUUGUCAACGGUAUCACUGACAUGCAGAAGUUUUCUCCGGUCAAAGAAAUCAAAUCCGAGCGUCCAACUGUGACCAUGUUGUCUCACGUUUGGUAUGCCAAAGACAUCAAGACCGCCCUUCUCGCUGCAGACAUCAUCAUCAACCAGUGGAAGUUCGACGAGUACCAUCUGGACAUCUAUGGCGCCAUUGACAAAGCCCCGACCUAUUCUACCGAGUGUCAAGAAAUCAUCGCUUCCAAGGGUCUCCGCGGCAAAGUCACACUCUGCGGAACUGCCGAUCCUAUGAAGGUCCUCGAGAACACAUGGCUCUUCCUGAACUCAUCUCUAUCCGAGGGACUUCCUCUCGCUCUAGGAGAGGCCGCUCUCACCGGAGCGCCCGUCGUCUGCACAGACGUCGGCGCUUCCCUCCGAGUACUCAGCGACCCAGACGACUUCUCCCGCUUCAGUGCCGUCGUCGCACCCAACGAUGCGCUCGCCCUCGCAAAGGCCCAAAUCGGCAUGCUUGCCAUGCUCGGCGAAUGGAGCAAACACAGCGACGACACCUCACCCGCACCAGUCCUAACCUCCUCCCCAACCCCAGAGGACGUAGCAGCCAUCACCCGCCGCAUGUACGAGAAGAGCGAGCACCGCCGCAAACUCGGCAUGAUGACCCGGGCGAUCGUUCAAAAGUCCUUCAGCGGCGACCGAUACCUCCGCGAGCACGAGCAAAUGCUCUGGAUCGGCAAGUCAGCCAAGAUGAUGGCCAGUCGCGCAGCGGGCGACCCCAUGGAGCCAGCCGACGUGGCAGCGGCCAUCGAGACCGCCGUCGACGAGGAGAUCAUCACGAUCCCCCGCGGCGCAGUGCACUCUUGGCGCUCGUCUGCGCAAUCCGGUAUCUCCACUGUCUACAGCUCUACGUCAAACUUACCCGGUCGUAACGGCUUCCACCGUCCGCUGUCUGAUCUCUCGGCUAUGAGCAUGAGCAACGCGUCCACAGAUAACGAGUCCUUCGCCCGUCUACCUGUGUUUGCGCCGAGACCUUCCAUGUUGUCGAAUGGCGGUGGCUCUCCCGGUAAUCGGUCACCCAUGUGGACUUCUAACCAGCGGCUGUCUGUGCUGAGUGCCCGACCUCAAUCCCACACGCGUGCUAGUUCCUACGCGCGCUCUGUAUCCACUGCCGGUCGGGAACAAAUCCGUGGCUUGCACCGCGAGGACUUCCUCCCUUACCGCAAUUCGGACAUCAGUGUCGCCAACAGAGAUGAUUUCAUGCGGUCUAUUGGAACACUUCCUAGUGGUUGA